GCCGUGUGCGCCUGCGCAGCGGAGGGGUGGGGCUCCGGGGGGCAUUGGCGCGAGAUUCUAUCCCUGCGCAGCUCCCGGGGUUCGCCGCCGCUGCUGCUGCUGUCGCCGUCCACGGAGCUCCUAGAGGUCACUCGAGAGCUGAAGGUGGAAAAAAAAAAAGGGAAGUGAGGAACAAUUCCCUGCUGAGCGCCUUCCCUUUCUCCGCUUACCUCAGGCGUCUGGAGGCUCCGGGGGGAGCUUUUCGUUGUGAGUCAUGAAUACCCGGCAGCAAAGCAAAAUUACCUACUCCUGGUAUGGAAAACCCAUGAACUCGGACAGAAAACUGAGGACUUUGCAGUACAAGGGAAUCCUUAUUAAAUCGGAAAGAAGCAAAACAGAAACCUGUAUACAAGUUGGAGAGUUUAUUUUAGUAGAAGGGGAGAAUGCAGAUCAACCGUACGUGGCACAACUCCUGGAUUUAUAUGAAGAUGGUUCUCAGCACAAACAUGCAGUUGUGCAGUGGUUCACUCAUAUUACAGAGAUACCUCAGAAUAAACGGAAGCUGCUUAAAAGACAGAUUUCUCCCCAAGAGGUGUUUUUAGAUCAAGUUUCUAGCUAUGACAACGAUAUAGCUGUGGAGACUAUUAUUAGAAGUGUCAUGGUAAUGCCACUACAUCCGGGUGAGGAACAACCUUUGUCAUUGAACAGGGAACAAGUUUUCUAUGUAAAACAGUCUUGGGAUGGGAAGUGCUUUAAGGAUUUGUCCCCUGAAACAUUCUCCAAGCUGAAAGAAGCUAAUAAGAAAGGAGGUGGAAUCUCAUACUCAGAAUCAUUUACUCCUUUGGACAUUGUUUCCCCCAUGAAAAAAGAUAAAGAAGGAGUUGUUCAGAGUGCUACAAAAAAUGCUGAGUUGGAAAUAGAAUCAAAACAUUCUGCUUCCAAGUCUUCCAUCUCUAAGGAGAGACAUUCACAAAGAAUGUCUAAUGGCCUCAAAGUUCCAACAGCAAGGAAGAAGUUACAGUUAAGCAGUCCCACAAGAUCUCCUAAAAGCAAGCUCCUGGGAUGUGAAGUUUUGGAGCUUUUGGAUGAUGACUGUGAUGCUGUAGCACCGCUGGACCCAUCAGCUACUAAAAGAAAAGUGAAAUUCACUGGCAUUUUAGGCUCACCACCAAAAAUACCUUGCAGCAGUGAUAAGCUGAAGUCAAUUGAUGCUGCAGAGGACAGGAAGAGGUUUAGUGAUGCAAUUCGAUUAUCCCCUUAUAGCAAGAGCAAAGACUCCAGUGAGAAAGCCAACACUACAGUUUUAGCUGGAAGCCAGAAAUCGAGUGUUCAGAGCAUCGUAUUGACCCCUCGCUCUCGCAGGACAUGUGCACGCAGGACAAGUGCCCUCAUUGCAGAACAAAUAAGCAUCUUAAAUACACUAGAAUUGAACCAGGAAGAGGAUUCUUUGUCUAGCUCAGAUAGCUCUUACUCUUCAAGCAGUGAGGAAGAGGAAGAUGAUGUGCUCUGUACACCAGAAAAGAAAGCUAAAUCAAGCAGAACACAGAGCACCCCAAAAUCUUCAAGGGAGUCUUGUCCAAACCAGAACAAGUCCUCAGUUCACACUCCUGCAAAGACUGUGAAAAAAACACCUUUGCCACAAACACCAAAGACCCCGCGGAAUGCAACUCCUGAAAUUCCCAGGCGCAGCCAGGCAGCACAGAAACCAACCACUGCACUAGAAGAAGCCAGGUUAAGGCUGCAUGUUUCUGCUGUCCCAGAAUCUCUGCCUUGUCGUGAGGAAGAAUUUCAGGACAUCUAUAAUUUUGUGGAAAGCAAACUUAUUGAUGGUACAGGAGGGUGCAUGUACAUUUCUGGGGUGCCUGGAACAGGUAAAACUGCAACAGUUCAUGAAGUAAUUCGCAGUCUUCAGCAAGCUGCAGAAAAUGAUGAACUUCCAUCAUUCCAGUCUGUGGAGAUCAAUGGUAUGAAGCUGACUGACCCUCACCAAGCUUACGUGCAGAUGCUAGAGUUACUGACAGGUCAGAAGGUGACAGCAACCCAUGCUGCAGUACUGUUGGCAAAACUGUUCAGUACACCUGGACCAAAGAGGAACACCACAGUGCUGAUAGUGGAUGAGCUUGAUCUCCUCUGGACCCGGAAACAGAAUGUCAUGUACAAUUUAUUUGACUGGCCAACUCAGAAGCACUCCAAGUUAAUCAUCUUGGCCAUUGCUAACACCAUGGACUUGCCAGAGAGAAUAAUGACAAACAGAGUAGCCAGCAGGCUGGGCCUCACCAGAAUGUCCUUCCAGCCCUACACCUACAAACAGCUACAGCAAAUUAUUUCAUCCAGACUGAACAGUGUGAAGGCAUUUGAAGAGGAUGCAAUUCAGCUGGUUUGCAGAAAGGUUGCUGCACUGUCUGGUGAUGCAAGGCGUUGCCUUGAUAUCUGCAGAAGGGCCACUGAGAUUUGUGAACUUGCUAGCCAAAAGAGGAGCCUUGAAAUAGUCAGGAUGGCCCACGUAACAGAAGCCAUAGAUGAAAUGUUUUCAUCACCAUAUAUAAAUGCAAUCAGGAAUGCCUCGUUGCAUGAAAAAAUCUUUUUGAAAGCAAUUUUAGCAGAGUUUCGCAGAGCAGGAGUUGAGGAGGCAACAGUUCAACAGGUCUAUCAUCAGUACAUAGCACUGUGCAGAAUUGAAGGCAUGCAGAGCCCUACAGUCUCAGAAAUGAUGGCAAUUUGUUCAAGACUUGGUGCCUGCAGACUCUUGCUGGUGGAGUCCAGUACCAAGUAUCUUCACAUGCGGGUGCGACUGAAUGUCAGCCAGGACGAUGUCAUGUAUGCACUCAAGGAUGAAUAAGGCAAUAGAGAUUUUAUUUGUUUAAUAUGUAUAAAUGUUUUAUAUAGCCUAUUUUAAUUUUUUUAAUUGUUGAUAAAUGGAAAUAG